UGGUUGAAGUUGCUAUCGGUCUACCGUCCCGAAGCCCCGCGAACGCAUACCGGCCGGGGAGAUAAGAUAACAGACGCGCUGAUAAACUAUCACGUGAGCGAGACGCGUACGGCAUGUCACACCAGCCUUCUUCCUUUUCCUUACUUGCAUAUUCUUCCUUUUCCCUCCAUGUUCUCUUGGCGGUGCUCCCGGAUUCCUCUAUCUCGGUCCCGUACGAAAUCACUAGGCUCUAUCAAAGAAGAGUCUGGAAGCCUUGAGGACGAACUAUCUUCCGAAUCUAAUGAAGACGACGGUGCGAUAGAAUCCGAUGGCAACGACUUUUCUGCACCAGCACAACGUUCCUCAUCACAGAUGACGUCAUGGUGCGACGACUUCUCUGAUGCCCUCCAGUACCUCUUGGAAAUGGAGGAAAAGAGACACUCCGGAUUUUGUACUUCCAUGAUUCGACAGCCGUCUACCGAACACUCAUUUUUACGCUCAUUUCCUCAAAAUAUUCUCCCUACCGCUACACCCAGCAUGGAUCGCAAUUAUUCUUUCUCAGCCGUGAGCCCUGCUUCGCAUAUCUAUUUCUCGCCAGGAUCAGAAGGCAAUACAAAACGUCCACGGGAAGACGCUCUUGAAGACAUUCGUAGUCCCAAAAGGAUUCAAAGUUGUCGCAGCCGAUGCUCUACCAUUACCGAUGAAACGACUCCUACGUUUAGAGGCUGGAAGCGCUCUCGUUCUGAACGAAAGGAUCAUGAUAUGCCUUCUCCGAGGAAGAAGGCCCGACCAACUCACCGCUCAUAUUCAGUUUCCCAGCCAGCAAGCCUACGUCGCGCGCAAUCACUCCGAGCUGACACUUUGUUGUCUUCUUCCUCAUCCGGCAGCUCUGGGUCGACCUCAAGCACAUAUACGCGCAUCAUCACACCGACUGGCACUUUUCAUAUUCCUCACCUCGGGAACUCACCCCCUGAUCCCGGUUGGAUACCGACAGCACCAUCAUCGCCGGAACCUGUGCCUGUUCAGAGGAACAACUAUGUGCAUCUACCACCGGAGCUUUUUCUCCCUUCAAGGUUCGGUGUUACACGUCCACUCCUUCUGCCCCACCAGAACAGAAGAAAAAGAGAAGGAAGAGAUAUGCCGCAUGAAACCGAGUCUCUCUUGAGGUAGAGAGGGCCGUGAUUUGGUCGUGUAGAUCUUCGCCUUCAUGGCGUCGCAAGGUGGCCUACGAUUCAUCAGUGAAAAGGUGUUCAUUAGCAAUGAUCGACAUACCUCAAGAAUCCAUCCUACAACUUUCCGCCGCAACUUCUGGCCUAUGCCGAUGGCGUUCUCCCAAUCAUCAAAUGUGGAGUUGUAACCGACGUUUAGCCUGGGCUUCGGAUGA